AUGGCUUGCGCCGACAUCAAAGUCGACAGCCAGGUGCUGGAACAGCUGUACAGGGCUGAGCUGGGAGAAUUGCGCGACAUCAACAGACGUCUCAAGCAAUGCGGCGUCGGUAAACUCCUCUACGUGUCACGAAUCGUUGUCGUUGGCGAGCGGUCAUCCGGCAAGUCUGCCGUCCUGGAAGCCAUAUCUCACAUCCGCUUCCCCGUCAAUAAUGGAGGCUAUAGCAAGCUUGCCAUAGAAGUACUUUUUCAGCCAGCCACGGAAACAAGCGUGCAGGUUACCUUGCAAUACUUUGACUCGAAACAGAACAGAUCCGUUAUGACACAAGAUGCUUUCAACCAGAACGAUCUGUCUAACAUCAUACAGACUGCCAUAGAGUCCAUCGACAGUUUGAUUGUGGACAAGGCCUUCCUGAACGGUGGUACUUGCAAGGUCGAAAUUAAAGGACCCAACGUGCAGCAUCCGCUGACGCUUGUUGACCUGCCUGACUUUCGAGCAGACACCGAAUCCGGAUUUUCAACUAAGAAGCCGAUCUUCAACUCAAUUAUCCCAGAUUACAUAGGCAAUAGAAAUUCUGUUGUACUUGCCGUCAUGCCUGCGGACCAGAAGCUGGCAUCCAACCAAGCCAAGCUAUCGAAGGUCGAGAAAAUUGAUCCUACUGGGGAGAGAACAAUCACAGUCAUCACCAAACCAGAUCUGCUGAACGCUGGGUCCAUGGCGGAGGCUGAAUACGUGAGGCUUGUGAAAGAUCAGAACAAGGCCCAGAAGUCACACCUGGGAUGGCACGCCCUCUGCAACACGACCUCGAUUGGGGGCUCUACCCUUGAAGCCCGUGAUACUGUUGAGGAGGAGUUUUUCGGCUCUGGGGCAUGGGCAUCUGUUCCGAAGAGCAAAGUCGGCAUCUGCAGCCUUAGAAAGAGGAUCUGUCAAGCAAUGUACAGCCGUUUACAGCACGGCCUACCUCGAGUCAUUGCUGCGGCGGAGGAAAAACUUCGCCAGAGGGAGUGCGAACUAUCCAAACUGGGAGCCCCUCGCUCAGAAAUCGAACAAGUGCGGCAAUUUCUCACCAAGGUCGCCAUCGACUUUCAAUUUCUUGCCAGGGACGCCAUUCAAGGACGAUAUGACGAUGUAUUUUUCGGAGGUCGGCAGGAUGACCAGUAUAAGCUUAGAGCUCAGCUGAAAACUUUCCACCGAGCGUUCCAGUACACUCUUAAGACCAGGGGCUCAUCAAGAAUCGUUCGUUCUAAAAUAUUUAUGCUAGAGGAACAACCUCCUGGGUAUCUCAAAGACUUCUUUGACGAAUAUUCCUGCAACUUUCCCUGUCCAAUAACCAUCAACGAGUCAAUCUUGGAAGCAGAGCUCAAUCGCCAAGCCGAUAAAUAUCAAAGCAGCGAACAUAUGGCCAUUGGCCUGUUCAGGGAGCAAGCCAAACCCUGGAGAGGGAUUUCUCAGUCUCAUAUCGAGCGCGUCACCUCACUCGUGAAAGCAUUCGUCGAUGCUGUGUUUGUACAUCUUUUAGGAUCCCCUGACGAUGUCGAGACGACAAAAACCAUCUUGACGACCUUUGUAGAUCCUUGGUUUGAGAAGAAAGAGCGACUCCUUCAAGAAAAACUGGCUGAGCUUCUCAAACCCUAUGAUGAAGGGCAUGCGGCUCUUUUAGAUAUCGAAUUCGAUGCUGCCUUCUCAAACAUAUCCGCAAAGAGGGUGGCCAACAGAAUGUUCAACCCCGUCAAUCUCAAAUUCCAGGGCCUCGCGGAGAGCGCAUCGACAGAAGGUCAGUCAAUGCGUACGCAAAAGGUCAUCGACUUGAUGUCCGCAUGCUACGAGACUGCACGUAAGACAUUUGCAGCGACUGUUAUCACUCUAGCUGUGGAGAAUUGCCUCGUGACUGAUAUUCCCGAAAUCUUCACUCCGAUGAUGGUGGCUAAAAUGACUGAUGAGCAGCUCAACGAGCUCUCUCAAGAGAGUGAAGAUGUUAGAGAUGAACGUGAAAGCCUCAAUCUCGAUAUUGACACUUUAAGGCAUGCUCUCAACAUUUGCAAGAAACACAAACCUAGGGCUGUGAGCGUCCUUCCCACUCGUACACCACUGCUAGAGUCGGAUCUUAUCCUUAGUCCAAAGAAUCCUAACGGAUCUCCAGGAGUGCCUUGUCAGUCAACCCCCCAGAAGCCUCAACCUAAGGUGAGGAGGGAGCUUAAGCCUGUCGAGGAAAACCGACCCUAUGUGGUGAAACUAAAGGGUAAACCCGGUUCCGCGUACGAAGGAAAGAUUAUCCCUGUGCGCCUGCCUCCUAAUGCGGCAUACCAUCGGCCAGACUCGUCCGCCAGCUCGAGUUCAUCAAAUAUAGAGAUAUCCUCCACGAGUUCUGAAGAUCGCGAUGAAAGCGCCCCAACCGCUUCUGCCCAGACGACAAAUGAUGACACCAACCCAUCCCCUAAUUCUCUUGUCCAGGAAGAGCCAUCAAGUGGUUCCAGAAACGGGGCAACAGUCAAGGACCAAACGACCCCAAAUCUAACCUCGACAACCAAAAACAUAGCGAGCGAUACCUCCAACGAGACAAACGAUGAAACAGCAAAUAAGGAGACUACACCUUCAACACCGUUAUUUGUGACUAUCUCUCACGAAGACGAGUCGGAUGAAAAAUCAUCAGAUAAAAGACUCAAAACAACUGCCAAUACUGAUUCUAGCGCAUCAACCCCCAUCAGAAGCUCAAAGUCCGCGGUCUCCUCUCCUGUUUCUACUGGCAUCCAUACAACUACAACCUCUUUUUCUUUCGUCGUACCAACAGCUGCUACGGACUACGAAGCCAAUUCUCCCCUCUCCAAACCUACGAAGGCUGGGGAUAUCGGAAAAGCAGACAGUCCAGAGGUGAUGAAGCAGGAGACGAGGCCAUCGCCCGGCCCUACCGCCACAAAGAUAGGAACUCGUUUAUUUGGCGCAUCGACUAGUAGCAUACCAAUGAUAACUACUACGCUUUUCGGCGCAUCACCAGCCACCACGUUGACGAGCCAUGAGGACUUAAGCGCAGUUCCAAGUACCACUGAUGCUAAGACAACUGAGAGUAGUGGUCUAUUUGGAACAAAAUCAGGCCAAACAAUGGCAGAGAAAGAAACAACAUUGAAUUUCGGCGGUACAGGCCAGUCGGACUCUCCAUUUAGCGUAUCCAAAUACACAGCAUCAAAUGGCGCAUCUGGUGACUUCGCCCAGGUGUCUGGCAAAUCGGCAGAGUUACCAUCAAGGCGGGUACUUACUAACAGCCGUUUAUCCCUAAAGAGCAAGUCUAGCCGGGAAGAGGAUCCCAAAAAUCCUUUUUGCUUCUCAUUUUCCGGUUCCCAAGAUGCGUCUAACGAUGAAUGA